CUAAGUUAUGAAGGGAGAAAAGGGAUUGUUAGUAAUGGAGACUGAGAAUCCCAUUGCUAGCAAUAUACCCAACCAGGUCGACCUUCUCGCGGUUCUCCCUGGAAACUAUCAUGGUUAAUUCCUGAUGAAUUCAUCAUGAUGGGCUAACUGGCCUGUUUUCAUUCUCAUCUAUCACCCUUCACUGGUGGUCCGCCAGCGUAUCCCGUUAGCGCAGGCGGGGUUACUAUACCAUUUUCACCCAUCAAAACAAAGUUAUGAAAACUAAGCAGAUAAACGGAUAGUUAAACAUUCUUCCUCUUAUUGGAGUCAGAUCCAUGGAAUAAUGUUGUUAUGGAUGAAUUUUUAAACGUUUACCUAGUUCUUGCUUUGUAAUUGUUUAUAUUUAAUUGUUAAUACAGUAAAAAUAUUUUAGGUGAAAGCUAUUUAAAUUAUUUGAGUCAAUCCCUUUUUCGCUCACGCAAUCGUAUUACAACCGUAUUACAAUGCAAAGAAUUAAUACAUUGUACAAUAAUGUGAUUUAUGGAACAAUAAUGUCAACAUUCCUUAACUCUGUGUAACGAGCUACUUUAUCUAUGUCCUUAAAAUUUUUUGCUACCAUUGUUUUUCCAAUCGUCCUCCGUAACAUACAAUAGGGGAACGUGCUUUUCAUGCGCGUACGCUCUACAAAACUACAAAUAUAAUCGUAAGUAAUAAUAAAUACUAUUAUUUUAUUUAGAACUUUAAGGGAAUAGAAACAAAAAUUACAAUGACCGCAAAUAGAAAUCGUGUUAAGGUGCGUUUCGGUGCGGUGCACAUAGAGUCGGCAGUGAAGCGACCACCAAGUGUGGUUCCGGUGGGGUCGAUCACCAGCGGUAGUGUGUUCGGGCCUUUAUACAUCAUUCGUAGGCAAAGACGCGCGCGUACUGAACGUACUGUUCCGCGCCAUAAUUGUGUUCGAAGUUUAAAUCGCGAUGUGAUUUGUUUUUAUAUUUAGAAAUUUAAAAAAUAUAUGUAAACUUUUUAAAAUAAAUAGCCAGUGAUUUAAAAGUGACUGUGACUUUAUUUAGUUAAGAAAAGAAUAAUGCGAUUUUUUGUUUCUGUAAUAAAGUAAAAAGACACUGGGAUAAUGUUCGAUACUUAUUAAUUAGGUAUGAAUUGGUGAAAUAAAUAAGAAAUCAUGAAAAUGAAGAUGAUUUGGAAUUACAUCAUGGUUUCGCUGAUGUUGCUUUUUAUUAAAAAUAUCGAUGCGAUACAGCGAUUUGUGGAGAUGCCAACGUAUACAGAAGUCAACCCGGGUGAAGAUGCUUUGCUCAAGUGUAGAAUAUCGGACAAAAAAGGCGUUUGCUCUUGGCAAAAAGAUAAUAAGCCUGUGGGUAUAUACCGCGGGAAAUAUGAGUGGGCCAACGAGAAUAGUCCUGUAGGAGGAGAUUGCUCGCUGUGGGUCCGCGCAGCGACGCUGCAGUUAGACGAUGGCCAAUGGCAAUGUCAAGUUACGGCCAGCAAUUAUGAUGUGCAGGACGCCCUCUCCAGUCCUCCCGCGGCAUUGGCAGUCCGUGUGCCUCCGCAAUCACCCAGAAUACUCUUCAAUGGGUCGCAUGUGAUGCCAGGACAAAAUAUCACAGUGCCGGCUGGCUCAAGAGCCACGGUCGUCUGUGAGGCCAGAUAUGGGAACCCGCCUGCGUAUAUCGAGUGGUAUUUAGAAAAGGAAAGAUUAACAGCGUGGAGCCAAACGAACGCAUCGGAGGUGGAACGGCCGAGGGUGUGGGCGGCGCGGUCGGUCCUAGAACUGGGCGCCACCAGGUCGGCGCACGGCCGCCAGCUGGCGUGCCGAGCGCACCACCCCUCGUACCCGGCGCCUUACUACCGGGACUCUUUCACUAUGCUCGACGUGACGUUCGCUCCAGUAGUGUCUAUAAAUGGCGCUGAUCCCAGCGUAUUAGCGAGCCUGGAAGAAGGCUCCAGCGCACUCACUUUGGAGUGCAGAGCCGAUGGGAACCCUAAGCCAUAUGUGUGGUGGACCAGGAACGGACAGGUCAUAGCUACUAAUGGACCUAAACUCAUCUUGGCACCUGUAUCGAGGAACCAUACAGGAAUUUACGGUUGUCAAGCAAGAAACUCAUUGGGAACUUCGGAUUCAGUGAAAAUAGAGAUUGAUAUUAAAUAUCCACCGCGAGUGACAUGGGUCGGUCCAGAUACCGUGGUGGAAGCAAAUUUGUUCUCACAAGUCACGUUGGAGUGCAAAGCCGAUGGAAACCCAGCGCCCUCUUACCAGUGGUACCACAAUCCAUCAGGAUCUCCUGCACAACUAGCAGCGCCCGCAGAUGGCUAUCCAUUGUCAACGACACCACAGCUCCAGCUGCAAAACGUGUCGUACUCACAGCACGGACGGUACACCUGUGUUGCUGCCAAUCAAAUCGGCACGGAAGAGAGGACGCAUCAGUCCGAGCCAAUAACGUUAAACGUGCUGGGACCACCGGUGGGCGCGGAAGUGGGCUCGGGCACGGCCCACGCGUGGACUGGUGGCGAGGCACGACUACACGUUGCCAUUUGUGCCGAUCCGCCCCCACGGAAGGCUGUAUGGCUGUGGGGUAGUUUACGGCUUGAUGUGCCUUCGCAAAUAGGUCGGUUUCGUGCGUUGGAGCCGAGUGCGACGGGCGCGGGCGGCUGUUACCGGUACGCGCUGGUGGUGAGCAGCGCGGCGGCAGCCGACGCGCGCCUCUACGUGCUGCACGUGGAGAACGAGCGCGGCUUCUCCUCGCACGCCGUCUCGCUCGUAGUCCAUGCGACUGUUGGAACAGAGACGGCGCACGUGGCGCCUCUGAUCGCGGCGGCGCUGGUCAUCGCGGCGCUGUUGGUGCUCGUGCUAUGUCUAGUUCUGAGAUGUCGUCGCCGGAGAGAAAGCGUGGAAUACAAGACUGAUGAUUUAGAUAGUGAGAAGACUGUCCUGCCCGCGGACGCGGUGUACAGCCCGCGUACGAGUGGUAUGACGGCGGCGGCGCGGCCCGCGGCGGUGGCCGCGCCCCCGCCGGCGGCGCCGCGGCCGGCCGCCGCGUCGGCGGCGCGCUACUCGCCCGCCGCGCUGCAGGUGCGGCGCGCCGCCGUGGUGCUGCAGCCCCCCACCACCGUGUGAUGCACAGGCUGCAUUGUCGUCGCUGGAGAGAGAAGCCAAAGAGAAUGUAUAUGCGGUCCUAGACCCGCACAUUCAAUAUGAAUUAACAAUAAAUAAGAACGGGGAACCGCCUAAGUAUUUGUCACUGUCUAAGCCCCUAACACACCAAAGAACGCACGCUUUCGACCCGCAGAAAAUAGCAACUAGUAAUGAAAUUAACAAUAAUGAUUAUAACGAAAAUAGAUUCUCGACGUUUAAGGCCGGACCGCCAAAAGCGAGAAGAUCUAAUAGACAUAAGGAAUCAAAGGUCAAUUCAUUCGAACAAAGUUUUGUUUGCAAGACUAAUAAUGAUAUAGAAUACUCCAAAGAUCCUUUCUUUGGUAUCGCCAGAGGAAAUGACCUGAAAGAAACCAUUGAUAUUAAACAAAAUGUUAGAAACAACGAAAACAGAAGUUCAAAAAACUAUUCUCGUAUGUAUGAAAGGAAUAAUUCUGGUAAAAAGGAUAGAUAUAGCAAAGGGAAUCAAGAUAAAGAAUGGAACAAUGUUCGAAACGACGCUAAGAGAGCUUCGGCUCGUUCAAGAACUGAUGAGGAUAGAAUACAUAAGAGUCUUACGACAGAAGAAGAAGCGGAAAGAUCGUUUGACGUAUUCAAAGAUCGGAGCAACGUGAAAUUGGAUAAUGAUGAUUGCAGACCACGACCGGGAAAGGUUAGAGAAAUUGCUUCAAAAUUCAAUCGAAAUAGUUCUGAGGUAGACAGGUCUAUUAAGAAAGUGAGACCAAAACCUUUGCAGAACUAUAAUCAGUCAUAUUUAGAUCAUAUAUUCCCUGAUGCUGUAGAAAUUUGAGUGAGUGUAUUGUGUUAAUAGGUAUGAUUGUGUAGAUCUCUAUUAGUAUUAUAAUUAAGUGUGAAUAGGUCGUACUGUUUGUACCUUCUAAAAGUCGUCUUACUCCUCUAUGUAUUCAUUACUUAUUUAUUGUAAUAUAUAAUGCCAUAUUGAUAUAAGACUCAUUUCUAAUAAUGUAACGUCUAUUGACUCUUAGGACUGUCUCUAAAUUGACACAUUUACAUUUACAUAAAAUUUUUAAUGGUGGGAUUUUAAUUUAUGAAUUAUUGAGAAAAUAGAUUAAAGAAGAAAAUGGAGUCCUUUCUGAAAUGUCAUCAUAUAAACCUGUCUCUAAAUAUGUUAAAUUUUAUUUUACCGAUAGAAUUAGAACUGCAGACUUUAGAAACAGUUCUGAAUUCUAAUUUGGGACUUUUAAGUUUAGAAAAGGGCAUUUCAGGAUCGGCGAAUAAAAAAUGCGUGGAGCAUACUGCUAUUGGUUAGGGCUUUAGAACUGUAUAACGCACAUUAUCAUGACAAAAUAGAAAUCGCUUCAGCAUAAAAAGCUUUCACGGUUUGAAACUAUAAUAAAUUUAUAUAAAAUUCUAUAUAAUAAUUUUGUACUUAAUAUGAAAGCAUUUAUUUACUUGUAGUUUCAGCUGUUUCUUAGGGCCAGCGCUCAUUGAUAUAUCGACAGAUAACGCUAAUGUCAUUUUCUUUUUUACUUUUGAAAUUCUUAAGUCACUGUAUAGUAAAAUUGGCUUUGUGAAUUAUGUUUUGUAAGUAAUAGCUAUUUCCAUAAAAAUUAGAUAUUGGUCAAAUUCUAAUAAUUUUAAAUUUUAAAAUACAGAAAAUAACCAUAUUAAAUUUUGACAAAAUUAUUGUAGAACUAUUAUGGUAGUAAAUGCUUAAAUGAAAAAAUAAUUAUUGGAAAUAAAUUUAGAAUGCAACAUACAUUCAGUCGAGAAGUUCGAGCUUCUUAAAGUCGGAAAAAAAAUUCUUAAGUUGUGAGCCGCAUGCUUGUUUGUCCCCAGUGUUGUAAAAAAAAAAAACCUCUUGCGGAAAUAUUUACUUGUCAUUCUCGCUCGCAUAGAACGAGAUAAACAAUAAAGUCUUCUAAACGGCCAGAGUAAAAGUUUAUAAAGAUGUAUGAAUGGUUACUAUGAAUCUUUGUCAUUCGGUCUAGCUAAAAUUGUCAAAUGUAUUUGACUGAAAUUUAGUACACAAAUAGACCGAAUUAUGGGAUACAACUAAUAUAUAAGCAAUCGUUCCUGUUUGUUAUCCCUGUAGACAAUUAUUCAAAUAAAAGUAAAGAAAGGACGACGGUCAUCGUCUAAAAACUCAUUUACUGUUUUUUUCUUAUCAUAUAAAGUGGCCUCACGUCAGUGAGCGCUGGCCCUUAUCCAGUUCUUAGUUUUAAUAUUUGUAAUAUAAUUUGUUAAUGUUUAUUUCUUUCUGUGUAUAAUAGUCUUUAUUUCUUAUGUUUAUAUUGUUGAAUUUUAACAGUAUUAAAAUGGAAAUUUUCAUGCA